AUGACUAUAGCCCUUGGUAGAAUUCCUAAAGAAGAAAAUGAUCUAUUUGAUACUAUGGAUGACUGGUUACGAAGGGACCGUUUCGUUUUUGUAGGAUGGUCUGGCCUAUUGCUCUUUCCUUGUGCUUAUUUCGCUUUAGGGGGUUGGUUUACAGGGACAACUUUUGUAACUUCUUGGUAUACCCAUGGAUUGGCUAGUUCCUAUUUGGAAGGUUGUAAUUUCUUAACCGCAGCAGUUUCUACCCCUGCCAAUAGUUUAGCACACUCUUUGUUGCUACUAUGGGGACCCGAAGCACAAGGAGAUUUUACUCGUUGGUGUCAAUUAGGCGGUCUAUGGACUUUUGUAGCUCUCCACGGGGCUUUUGCACUAAUAGGUUUCAUGUUACGCCAAUUUGAACUUGCUCGGUCUGUUCAAUUGCGGCCUUAUAAUGCAAUCUCAUUCUCUGGUCCAAUUGCUGUUUUUGUUUCUGUAUUCCUUAUUUAUCCACUGGGGCAAUCUGGUUGGUUCUUUGCGCCGAGUUUUGGCGUAGCAGCGAUAUUUCGAUUCAUCCUUUUCUUCCAAGGAUUUCAUAAUUGGACGUUGAACCCAUUUCAUAUGAUGGGAGUUGCCGGAGUAUUAGGUGCGGCUCUGCUAUGCGCUAUUCAUGGAGCGACCGUAGAAAACACUCUAUUUGAGGACGGUGAUGGUGCAAAUACCUUCCGUGCUUUUAACCCAACUCAAGCUGAAGAAACUUAUUCCAUGGUCACUGCUAACCGCUUUUGGUCCCAAAUCUUUGGUGUUGCUUUUUCCAAUAAACGUUGGUUACAUUUCUUUAUGCUAUUUGUACCCGUCACCGGUUUAUGGAUGAGUGCUAUUGGCGUAGUUGGCUUGGCUCUGAACUUACGUGCCUAUGACUUUGUUUCCCAGGAAAUCCGUGCAGCGGAAGAUCCUGAAUUUGAGACUUUCUACACCAAAAAUAUUCUUUUAAACGAGGGUAUUCGUGCGUGGAUGGCAGCUCAGGAUCAGCCUCAUGAAAAUCUUAUAUUCCCUGAGGAGGUUCUACCACGUGGAAACGCUCUUUAA